CAAAACCAUUAAAGAUGGUGUCCGAAGGUCUUUCCUUCACCAUAGUUUUUCUCUUGGCCACCCUAAUCACACUUGGUGAAGCCAAUAACAACCGUAAGCUCCUACAAACAUACACUAACUACCAACCGGAACAUUCCCCUCUUCCAUCUCCGGUCUAUUCUCCUCCGGCUGAUCUUCCUCCUCCUCCUACGCCAGUCUAUUCUCCUCCGGCUGAUCUUCCCCUUCCUCCUACUCCAGUCUAUUCUCCUCCAGCGGAUCUUCCUCCUCCUCCAGCUGAUCUUCCUCCUCCUCCUACUCCGGUUUAUUUUCCACCUGUGGAUCUUCCUCUUCCCCCUACUCCGAUCUACCCUCCUCCGAUUGAUCUUCCUCCUCCUCAAGCUUACCAAGCCUACUAUUACAGGAAAUCUCCACCACCACCACCCUCAAGAUAUGGAAAAGUGUAUCCACCUCCGCCCGCUAGACCAUGGUGGUGGUUGAUAUGAAGCGUCAAAGACAUAGUGCAUUAGUGAUGUGAUAUCUUUGAUGUCUCUAAAUUAACCCGAUGUUUCUUCUCUUUAUAUUUCAAUCACGAAUGUUGUUUUUGCUCUUUCGUAAUGUGAGUUGAGUUAUGCAUUAACGGU